AUGGCUGAAAAGAAUCAUCUUGUUCCUUAUGUAAAAGAGCAAUUAACUGAAGCUGUAAAAAUGUUUACUCAUCACGAACGACCCUUUCAAAAAACUCGACAAGAAAAAGUGACGGAUUUAACUAAACUCCGGCCAGGUGAUCACGUCAGUUUUUACAAAACAGACUUAUAUUAUUCGCAUCAUGGCAUUGUUUGUGAAGCGCGUGAAAACUACCUUCGUGUUAUACAUUACUUUAACACCUUAGCGCAUGCGCGUAGUGCAUUGAUGAAGGGUUCGGUUUACAUAGCCGCGAUUAUCGAAAGUGAAUGGUCGGUGAAUCUGAAAAGCAAAAGUGAAGAUGUAUUUCUUCAUCAUUAUGAUGGUAUCAAGUGUUUCACAAAUGAAGAAACAUUACAACGAGCUUUUUCACAGUUAGGUCGACGUGGAUAUUCGUUGAUCAGUAAUAAUUGUGAACAUUGGUCUCGAUGGUGUCGAACAGGUGAACAUUUUUCCGAGCAAAUUUAUAAAUUUCGCCGACUGGUUAAGGAGAAAACCGCAACGUUAUUAAUUAUGGAUCCAACUGCGUUGUUAGUUAAGGAUGUGGCAUUGGUUGGUGUGCAAACAUUCGGACAAUUCUUAAGCGCUGUUGGAUCAGGCGUGGUGCUCACAGCUGUGGAAAGUAUUUCAGCGUAUAUUGACAUACGAAAGAAAAAGAAUGAACGAAAAAAAGGAAGUUUAAGUGAUGUUGCUUUUAAAAAAUAUGUCAUUCGACGAAUAACCUCCGCAUCGACAACCGUCGUUGGUGGAACAGCAGGAACUGUUGUUGGAACAAUUCUAAUUCCUGUACCUAUUCUCGGUUCGACUGUGGGAGGUGUCAUCGGUAGUGUUGGGGGCAAACUAGUUGGAGACAUAUCGGGUAUUGCUCUGUCGAAAAUAGUCGAAGUCUAUGACAGAAUCAAAGAAGCUAAAGUGAAAAAGAUGGUAGCGAUUCCACAAUUGAUGAAUCAUCUUUCACCGCAAAGCGAACUUCUUCGAGGUUUGAUAAAUAUCUCGGUGAAUCGAGAAGAAGAAGUGAAAAUAACGAGUGGUAUCCAAGAAGCAAUGAAUAGUGAACCCUCUCGACUCUAUCCAUCUCUAGAAGAAUUCAUUCGUAUUAGUCCAACUGUUACACCGGAAAAAUGCCGAGCGGCAUCACAAUUGACAACUGAACUGUUUCCUGAAUCGAGUUCUUAUGAUUAUUUCGUACUAACACCUGUUCCGGAUGAGAAUGCUGCCGAAGAAUUCGCAUCAUCGACCGAUUUGCUCGUCCUUCGAUGGCCGAUUGAUUCGAUAAAACCAUGGGAAAGUGGUGAAGCACAAGUGUUAGACAUUAAUGAUUUAGAUUCCAAUAAACAGUGA